CAGAGGUACCACACUCUCACAACCUCGCAAUGCUCUCUCGAAAUACGGUAGUGUGGCGGCACUAGCUAGCCUGCGUUGAGCUCUGGCAGGCUGUGGUCUGUGGUGGCUGAUUGGUUUUGCGCUGUCCGCAACGUCAGUGACGCGACUUCCAUAAGCUGCUCUGUGAUAUUCGUUGUUUUCCUCCUGCCUUUCCUUCAGUGCGGUCUCCCCUGGAAUACCAUUGCAGUGUGCGGCGGCUGUUUGCUGUUUUUGGUUGCCCUUCUUCCCUGAGCUGAAAAGAUGAUGAGGGGCCAUGUAGUGGUAGUGUGCUGGGUGUCGGUUGUCCUCGGUCAGCAGUUGGCCCAAGUCGUGCAAGCCCUCCUCGACCCGGAUCUGAUCAUCCUGCAGCCGGAUCCCAUGCUGUACGAGGGCGAUGCGUGUCAGCUGAGGAACGGUACGGCCGGCACCUGCCGGCCGGCGGACCAGUGUGAUUGGGCGAUGGCCAAACCGUGGCUAACGAGCGAGCUGGUAACGUGCUCCUUCAACCAGUCCAUGCCGAUCGUGUGCUGCGUGCGCCAGCAGCUCGAGUCCCGCAUCAUCACUAAGCGCAUCAGCGAGACGCAGUGUGAACGGUACCCGAACGCCACGGGUCUGUCGGAUCACAUCUUCAACGGUGUCGCCGCCCAGUUUGGCGAAUUUCCGCACAUGGCCGCGCUCGGUUACGGAAGGCCGCCGGAUAGCGGUGGUACCGCCAACGACAGCUACGGUGCCGCUUCGGUAUUCCGGUGCGCCGCCAGCCUGGUGGCGCCCCGCUUUCUACUGACGGCGGCCCACUGCCUGCGCGAGCAGCCGACCUUCGCACGGCUGGGCGUGCUCGAGCUACAGCCGGCGCGCGUCGUCGACGAGCCGCUCGACAUCGCGGUCCGCAACGUGACGCUUCAUCCCGAGUACAAUGCGGUCACCUACCGGAACGACCUGGCCGUGGUCGAGCUGGCGACUCCGGCGUCCGGCUGGCCGUUCGUCGAUCCGGCCUGUCUCUACACGAAGCCGUCGGCGGCGCUAACGGCGACGGACAGCCCACUGUCGGUGCAGGGCUGGGGUACGGUCCAACCCGGGGACACCGAGCCAUCCCCACGACUCAUGAAGGCGCACCUGCAGGUGCUGGGGCGGGACGUGUGCGCCUCCGGCAUUCCGCGGUCGCGCCGCAACCCGGCCGGCCUGCACGAUGGGCAGCUGUGCGCGUUGGGGCGCAACGAGCGCAACGAGACGGUGGCCGACACGUGCCCAGGAGACUCCGGUGCCCCGCUCGAACUCGUCGUGGCCGGCCGUCACUAUCUGGUGGGCGUCACCUCGAACGGGUAUGCGUGCGGUUCCCCGAUACCGGGUCUCUACACCGAGGUUGCCCACUACCUCGACUGGAUCGAAUCAAUCGUGUGGCCCGCCAGCGGAACACGGUAACCGAAUCUGGAGCCCGAGUGGGGCGGGAUGAAGGUGCAGGGUGCGUCCGUCAACCGGUAAGCCGGUCUCCGCUGCAUCCAAUUUUCGUUUGCACCAACUUGAGGGGGUAACAAGAUGUUAAGAUGGUGCUUAAGGCGGCUCUGCCCGUGCUAAUAAUAUUCAAUAAGAAUA